AUGCGACGUUCUCAGCACCUGCACGUCGCGUUCCUCGCGAGCGUAUUCGUCUUUUUCGCUCCAGAGGAAACGCGCGGCGUCGUGACGGGACGGAGUGGGAAAGCGACGCUCGGGGAGAGAACGACCACGACGGGCGCGUCGUCAGAUGCCACAGCGUUCGCACCGCCGCCCUCGUUCCCGUCGACGACGUCGACGUCGUCCGUCGUCGACGGCACCGCCUUACCUCUUUUCCGCAUCAAUCUCGACGACCCGCCUAGGCUGCGCUGGGAGGGCGUGAUGCGGGCGAACAAAGCCGCGGUGCGCGAGACGAUGAGCGACAUCUUCGCGAAGCUCCCAAGAGAAGUCCACGCCGAGGUUGACAAGCUCGUCCUCGACGCUCGAGGACGCCUCCCGAGUUGGGUGAUCGAGGAGCUCACCGGCGUCGCGGACGUCCUCGACAUGUCCCUCGCGGACGUCGUAUUAGUGAACCUGUUCUUCGAAAUCACGCCAUUCUGCACUUCCAUCGUCGCGCAGAGCUCCGAGAGCGGCGGCGGGAAGCUGCUCCACGCCCGGAACUUAGACUUCGGCUUCGGCGUGAAACGAAUGAGCGACGACUUGAGGAAAAUAGCGAUCGACGUCGAGUUCACGCGCGCGGGUGAGCGCGUGUACGUCAUGACGACGUUUGCCGGUUACGUCGGCGCAGCCACGGGGAUGCGUGGUGGCGCAUUCUCCAUCACCGCGAACGAACGCGAGAUGACCGGACCGGUGCCAGUGCCGAAUCUUUUGAAGAGCCUUCUGAAUCUCGUCAAUGCAAUCAGGACGACGGACGUUAUUCCCGUGACAUGGGCGAUUCGCGAGGUAUUGGAGGACGAAACCGCACUGACUUUCGAAGACGCGGUGGGCGCGUUGAGCACGAGACACAUGGCGACGCAGAUGUAUCUUACGAUCGCUGGCGUUUCCUUCGACGAAGGCGUUGUGUUGACGCUCGAUCGUAACAAGUUGCUGGACACCUGGAGGUUGAACUCGACUGCGGGUACGUGGUUUCUCGUCCAAACGAAUUACGACCACUGGGUGAGAGAACCGGCGUGGGAUAAUCGAAAAAAGCCAGCGGAGAAAGCGCUGCGCGGGGUCGGCUCAGUCGCGAUCACCCCAUCGUCGAUGUACGAAGAUGUGCUGUCGCUCGAUCCGGUAUUAAAUCAGCUGACGAUUUACACGACAGUCGUGAUAACAGCCGACGGCGCGUACGAGUCGUUCGUACGGGAAUGUGUGACGUGCGCGCCGAUUUUCUAG